AUUUGGGUGAAUUUAAACAGGAUAAAGGCUAUUCUGUCAGUGGCUUUAUUUAUAUUUUCACUUGUCUGCAUAGAGUGGUGUAAAACUUGACUUGUCAGCCAUAGGAUUAACACAAACAGUGCUUUGUUUACGAGGAGCUCUGCGGUAUGAUGCUGUUUAAGCAGUACAUCUCUGCAUAUACCUGGAUAACGUUGACAUUUACAGGUAGAUAGUCACGGGUGAACCAGGUGUGUUGGUACGGUGCGUUUUGCUCAUUACCAUAUCGAUUUAAUUAGCAAUCUAAACAGCUGGAUAGAAGCGUAUCUGUGCAGUGGCGGCCCCGGACCAUGUUGUCUAAAGUUAAGUAAAUGGAAUUGCACGAUGGCCAAUCUCCCACUACUACUGUGCAUUAUUGUACUGUGCUUUUUAGGGUUAGUCAACGGUGCCAUUCAAAUACAAUACAGUACCACGGAGGAGAGUGGUAUCGAUGACGUCAUCGGAAAUACAGCCGUGGAUGCUGGACUGGCAAGUCUUGUGGCAAAUGCCGAGGAGUUACAGGCACUGAGGUAUAGUUUACUCAAAAAUGGUAACCCGGACGCUUCUAGAUUUUACGUCGACGAGAAUACUGGCGACAUUCUGACUUCCGAAUCUUUGGACCGAGAUGUAAUUUGCGCCUUUGUCGCUUCUGGUUCGGAUUGUUAUUUGACGAUGUUCGUUAUUGCACAAUCAUCAACCGGAAGUUUCUUCAAAAUUGAAGUUCAGAUACUAGUGAUAGACAUUAAUGAUAACACUCCAACAUUUGAACAGGAUGUGGUCAGUCUUUCUGUACCGGAAGGGACGGAAUCGGGUACAUCAUUCGCACUAGACGGUGCCCAGGAUCCGGAUAGUGGUAUUUUCACUAUACAAUCAUAUAGUAUUAAUUCCAAUGACACUCCAUUCGUAGCCAAAGCUGACACAUUUCCUGACGGCCAGUCCAUGCUCAAGCUGAUAGUUAAUGGGACACUGGACAGAGAAAUUACUGGGUUCUAUAUGCUCCACGUUUUGGCAUAUGAUGGAGGUCAGCCCCCUAAUAUAGGAUCGCUAAUGGUCAACGUCACUGUGACGGACGUCAAUGAAUUCCCGCCGAAAUUCACUCAAUCUGUGUACAACGUCACCAUUAUGGAGGACCAUGACGUAAACGGCAGUAUAACUGUGGUGAAAGCCAUUGAUCCAGACGGUGGCGUGAACGGAGAAGUAUUUUAUUCACUCAGCCCUCUGCAGUCUGCUGCGGUGCUAGAGAGGUUCCGAAUAGACUCAACUACAGGAGAGAUAACUUUACGUACGUCCUUAGUGGAGGAUAGUAAAGAGGGGUACCGGGUGAUUGUAGAAGCCUAUGAUAGGGCAAAACAACCGAUGAUGUCACAAGCUCAAGUUUUCAUCAAGGUCAUUGACAAUCACAAUAACGUACCGACCAUUCAAGUUGACCUAUUGUCAAACACGAACUUUGCCGAGAUAUCCGAGCACGCGAGUCAAGGUGCAGCGGUCGCUCACGUAGCGGUAACGGACAAAGAUACUGGAGCUAACGGACUGGUAGUGUGUAAUGUCUUAAACGACAAUUUCCGGAUACAGAAAUACGAGGAUAUGGAAUAUAAAAUAGUUGUGUAUACGUCAUUAAAUCGUGAGGUAGUAGAAGAAUAUAACGUCACGGUGAAGUGUGAUGACGCUGGAACUCCACCAAAACACGUGACGUCAUCGUUUAGGGUACUUGUACUGGACGAGAAUGAUAACGCGCCAAGGUUCACACAGCAGAACUAUUAUGCCCAUAUCAAGGAAAACAAUGAGAUUGGCAAGAAAGCAGUUGUAGUAACUGCGACAGACAUUGAUAAAGGCACAAACGCCUUAGUGAAGUACGCGUUAUCCCCGACGAACGACCAGAGAUUCCAGAUAGAGACAGAAACUGGGCAGAUAUCGGUUAACAUUCAACUGAACAGGGAAGUACAGGCACAGUAUAGCUUCCAGGUCAUGGCAAUGGACCUCGGAACUCCGUCCCUAACCGGAACAGCUGUGGUAUAUGUAAUUGUUGAGGAUGAGAACGACAACUCGCCAACAUUUGGCGAGAACCAUUUCCACUUUUAUGUGCAGGAGAAUCUCGCGGCUAAUACUAGUAUCGGUAUAGUUAGUGCUUACGAUGUUGACCUUGGUGACAAUGGCGUGAUUGAUUAUUCAUUAGUAUCUCUUAAGGAAACAUCGGCGCCAUUUUGGCUUAUGGAAAACGGAAGUAUCAUGACGUCAUCAAUUCUAGACCGUGAGAUAGUGGACCGGUAUGACCUUAGGAUGACGGCAGUCGACCGAGGUGACCCGCCUCGUGAGGGGUCAGCAAUUAUCACAGUUCACGUGAUCGACGAUAAUGACAAUGGACCCAUCAUCACGUUCCCCUCCGAGACCAACAGCUCUGUCUCCAUCCCGUACGAGACCCCUCAGAACCGGGUCAUAAGUACCAUUGAUGCAUAUGAUAAAGACUCUGGCAUUAAUUCAAAGCUAUCAUUUUUCACAAGAGACUUAAAUGUAUCGGAGUACUUUUUAUUGAACAGUUUUUCUGGAGAUAUUUACCUUAUAAAACAGCUUUCUUCAUCAGAUAUCGGAAUGUAUACAUUUGAGGUACUCGUUCAGGAUGGGGGCACAUUUCCGCUCUAUGCCACUCGGACAAUGACCAUUGCCAUUACGGACAGUUUGACCACUGAAAGUUUCCCCAAAUAUGUCACGAUAGCGAUCUGUAUAUCGGUCAUCACCAUAUUUUUGGCAGUACUAUUAUUUUUUGCCAUAUAUCUCGUGAGGCGUUACGACCUACGAAAACCAGAAAGUUUUAACAAACAGGUCGACGAUAGUUUCUCAGACAAGACCAUACAGGACGAAAUAGAGGCUGGCUUCGGGGACCUGACGAUCGACCGGAACAGCAACGUAUACACCCAACAGACGUUCGGGGUGAUUGGCAUCCCCAAAAGGCCCCAGAUCAUCGACCGGUCCAUAUCGUUACAGGCGCCCAUCGCCCCUGAUACACCCACUUCAAUUCACCCAAGUGACGAUCCCGUAUGGGCUCCCCCUGGUGGCGAGAUUAACGACGACGAACGGCACCGGAACCAGUUGAUUAGCCUCCAGUACCAACAGUCCCUUCUCCGGAUAAAAAGCUGCAAGCGGUCCAAUUCAAGCCUGACAAUUUGACGAACUAAAUGGAGAAAUAUAAUGGGUCAUUUUCAUGACAUUCAAGAUGGAGGAUUCAAUAUGAGAGCUUUUUAUCGUCAUCAUAAUACCUUUUAGUAUUCACCGUCCAUAAACUGUUAUCAUGAAUCAUUUGGAACUCUUUCGUAUUGAAGGAGAACUAAUAACCAUGUGAACGUCUUUAAUGACCUAUCAGCUGGCUUAAUUUAGGAAAGUGUAGGCAGUAACGACUCUUGUGAACAGUACACGGAGAUUAGAGUAUAUGUUGAAUAAGAAAAAAAAUGAAAUAAUAGUGGUCAAAAGUGACCAGUGGUCACAUUCAUCGAUGGUCAAAUUACGUUAGAAAUCAAGCCAGUAUCCAAUGACAACAGGAGCCAUUGGAAACUUGAGAUUUUACACAAAAGACAAUCGACUUCUGAUUGGUCACUUCCAACACCUACCAACAGCGGAACGUCUGGACCAAGACUGACUGUCAUGCUAGGAAUACGGCCCCAAUGUUUGACCAGAGUGUGCAGCUUGACAAACUUUCAAAAAAAAUGAUCACCAUCUACUCAUAAUGUGAUCGUUACGCAUGCGCAAAGACGUGAAAUUUGUCACAGUCAGAGUUGGAUGAAGGAUCAUCUACUGGGCAGACCAAGACAGAUGGACAUCGUCCGGAUACUCGGAACAAGUGACCAUACGAACACGUCAUUAUUCCAUUAUUUCAUUAAUAGACAAUUGCUCAUUAUAGUGGACACACGACUCCGGACAAGUGUUACGUGUACGGAAACAUUACUGGACAUUGGUCAUCCAUUACUGUAACGACAUACAGUGUAUAUCCUAGUUUAGAUACUUGGAUGAAAGUGACCGGUUAUGUCGGAACAUAAGGGAGUACUUGACUGGUCGUGUUACAUGUGUUUAAAGCAUUAAUAACUCUCUCGCGUGCCUGGCGGAUACUUAUGACGUCAUCACCUACCUGUUCACGUGUCUAAUUAACCACAUCGAUCUCAAAAGUGCCUCAUACCUCGGUUCUGUCUCUACUUGUCCAAACGUGCCAAAGGAUGAUAAUAAAUCUAUUUUUCUAAUGUUAUGAUACUCAAUUAUCGUUAAAUCAAAAUAAAAUGUUAUCGAAACCUA